AUGCCAUCUCCGGAAUCAGCAGCUGGCUCCCUGCCGUCAGAUCACUCUCCCACUGGCUCUCAAUCAGGCAUGCUAAUUAACGGCUCCGGCGCGUCUGAUACGGGGCCAGGUGGAGCAGAUAUCAUCGACUUGGGAGCACAACCAUCGACCAAUGGCCAGACGAAUGAUACGGUUGGAGAUGGGAAGCAAAAUCCUAAAGCUGCUGUGACAACAUCUGGCUCUACGGAACCAAGCAACGAUGCCAAUGGCACACCACAGUCUAAUGGCACGAACAGCUCUGCGCACAGUCGAAAACGAUCCCGAGAUAGAUCUGCUAUUCAACUCAGUGAUGUUUCAGGGGCAAUGGCCGUGAGGACUCGCGAAACACCCGUUGAAAAAAUCAUCCUAGAAAACUACGUCAACCGACAAUUCGAAUAUGCCGCAGCAACUGCUUGGCAGAAUCCAAGCCAAGAAUUACAACGUGAGAAGUUAGCGGAGCGUGAUAUGUACUACCAACUUCGUCGUGAGAACCAGGGAAACCCAGCUGCCUUGUUCGGUCCAGGUUAUGAGGGAUUUGGAAAUCCUCGUACAGAUAUGCGCAACCACCCGCCUCAGCUUUUGUAUCCAUCUAAUCGACGUCGGCCUGGAAGCCGCAAGACCCGUGAAUUGCGGGUCUCCCGUCGUGACAUGAAGGUGCAGAGCGAGCAGAUAGAGGAUUUGGUACCCAUACGACUGGACAUCGAUUGGGAAAAGGUUAAGAUUCGUGAUACUUUUACAUGGAAUCUUCAUGAUCGUGUCGUUUCUCCAGACCUGUUCGCUGAGAAGCUUGUGGAGGAUCUUGGUCUUGCUCUAGAGUCAUCUGGUCCCCUGAUCCGCCAAAUUUCCCAGAGCAUCCAGGAGCAGUUGAUGGACUACUAUCCCCACAUUUACAUGCACGAGGAGGCUCUCGACCCACAUCUCCCUUACACGGCGUACCGCAACGACGAGAUGCGUAUUUUGAUCAAGUUGAAUAUCACAAUUGGUCAGCAUACCCUCAUUGAUCAAUUUGAGUGGGAUAUCAACGAUGCUCAAAACUCCCCUGAGGAGUUCGCCAUGCGUAUGACCAGUGACCUUUCUCUCUCCGGCGAAUUUACCACCGCCAUUGCCCAUUCCAUUCGUGAACAGUCCCAAUUAUUCACCAAGUCCCUAUACAUUGUGGCACAUCCAUUUGAUGGCCGUCCCAUUGAGGACCCCGAUCUCAGCACCUCCUUCCUUCCGACACCUGUAGCCUCUGCAUUCCGACCUUACCAAUCGGCCAAGGAACACACUCCUUACUUGUAUGAAUUGAACGAGGCUGAUCUUGAGCGAACCGAAAUUUCGAUCUCUCGAGAACAGCGUCGCCAGAAACGAUCUAUCAACCGUCGUGGUGGCCCUGCUCUACCAGACCUGAAAGAUCGUCAACGCACGAUCCGGACAUUGAUUGUUUCAAGCACCAUUCCAAAUUCAGCAGCAUCUAUGGAAGAAAGCAAUGUGAUAAAACGUACAGGGUCCGGACGCCGUCGUGGAAUGACCGGACAGCGUGACGAUGACUCAGAUGAUUUUGAGAGCGAUGAUUCCGAUGACGGCUCACCAGCAAUUGGACCUCAUUUGGCACAAGGCACUGCCCGCACAAGAGGUAUGAGAGGAGCUGCCAGGGAAGCCCAUGCAGCGCUGCGGGCUGGUUUAGGCCAGUCUGAAACGCCAGAGCCAAUGCUGCAUGAGCCUCGAGCGUCGGCUCGACGACAGCAAUACCGAGAAGAGAGUGUCGAAGAACCCGACACGUUGAUUGUGAGGUUUAAGGUAUCACAAGUGAAACUGGUAGCUUUGAGAAACGGACACAGAAUUGCAGAGCCAGCCCAAUAUUUCGCGAGACCUACUUCUAUGCCUUCGACCGUCAUGGCGCCCCCUUCCGAUAAACAAGGACGACCUCCCGGGCAGAACCCGCCCCGACCCCAACAAACCGGAGCCGUCGAUGCACCGAACCCCCCUCAGCCGGGAGUCCCUGGACCCCCACCACCCAGCUGGCUUGUAGCCGGCCUUCAAGGAUUAAAACAAACUCAUCCCAAUGACUCUUUCGAAGGCGUGAUGCGUUAUUCCGCAGUAGACAUGGAAACUCUGGUUCCUGUCACCAAUACCAACAACCUACAGCCAGGCCAGAAAAUCAAAUACCAGUAUCUCCCCCGAAUCCGUUGCCACGACUGUCCCGGCAAGCUGUAUACGCCUGGCCCUGGUAUGACAGUGGACAACUUUGAGGUUCAUCUUCGCAACCGACAGCACAAGGAACGUGUUGAAGACCGAAUUUCAAAGUCUGGCAGUGCUCCAAUCAACCCUAAUCUCGGUAGUGCUAGUGCCAGUCCAGCCCCUGGGGGUCCAGCUUCCACUAGCGCCAGUCCAGCUCUCGGUGCAUCAUCUGCCAUGGGGCCCUAG